CAACAUCUUGAACCAGCCAACAGCUCAACACACAUAUAUUUUAUACAACUUUAUUAACAGAUCUGGACUAAAAAUUUAAAAACUCCCGCCAAACAAGCAAAAUCUGUUAACGGCUAAAUGAACUACACAGUUCAAGCCAUUAAACAAAAUACUACUACUACACUCCAUUAUCCAUUAGUUCGAUUUAGGUUAAGUUUAAAGUUCUAAAUUUCAUUAUCCACUUUUUUUGUGCUGUUAAAGGUCCUAUAUAAUUGUUCAUGUCAUGGAUCUAAGGAAGUUUUUUUUACUUUCUUGUAAAGUUCAUCAAAUAGAAUUUAGAGAUGUAUAAAUAAAAAUUUGUUAUUAUGUUUUAAUUAUAUGUGUAUAUAAUGGAAGAGGAUAUUGAUAUUUAUGGAGAUUUAAUAAAUUUUAAUCAUAAUGAAUGUGAAAAUUGUCAUGCAAAUAUCUCAAUAUUAAAAUCCAAAGCGACAGAAUUAGAGGAUCUUAUCCAAGUAUUAGAAAAAGAAAUUGAAAAUUUAAAAGGAUCUAAUACAACUUUAAAAAUAAAUUUAUCCUCACUUUUGAAGACAGCCAAAAAUGAAAUUGUUCGGAAAGAUCGUAUAAUUAAUGAAUUGAGACAACAAUUAGACAAUUAUUCUUUUCGUCGAAGUAGUAAUCGAUUAUCAAACAUCAGUAAGUCUAAUCAUGUUGAUACUGUGUCUAAAUAUAAAAAUGAACAUGACAAAGUAAUAAGUGUUAAAAAGGAAGAACCAAUAAUUCAGAUUAAAGAGACUGUGUAUUGUAAUCCAAGAAAUACAUUCAUUACUGACAAUGAAGGCGAUAAACAUAUUAACUUUAAUGAUACUCCGGUGUCUACUAUUUAUGGACAACGGUUAAAAAAAAAAAUACGCCAAGAAAAAAUUGAGAAAGACAAUGAACAAGUGAGAUAUUUCACUUCUACGUCUAUUACAAAUGCGAAUAGUGAAUAUGAUGAAAAAUCUAAACCUGUUAAUUUAGGUAAUAAAGAAAAUCGAUACUUGAUUUCAUUAAGUUCUAGCAAAAUUGAUGAAAAAUUGUCAAGAAAAAUUUCGAAAAGAUCUAAUGAUACCAUUUCCGAUUCAAGUUCUGAUAAACUAACAAAAUUGGAUGAUGUGCAAAGAGAAUUGGAAGAAACUCGUGAGUUAGCAAACAAUAGAUUACAAGAGUUGGACAAAUUACAUCAACAGCAUCGGGAUGCUUUGAAAGAAGUGGAAAAACUUAAAAUGGACAUUCGGCAACUUCCAGAAUCUGUCAUUGUUGAAACGACUGAAUACAAGUGUUUACAGUCACAAUUUUCAGUACUUUACAAUGAAUCUAUGCAACUAAAAACUCAACUUGAUGAUACGCGUCAACAAUUACAAUCAAGCAAAAAUUCGCAUUUGCGUCACAUUGAAAUGAUGGAAAGUGAAGAGCUUAUGGCCCAAAAAAAAUUGCGUGGUGAAUGCAUCCAGUUGGAAGAUAUACUUGCUAAACUGCGUAAGGAAUAUGAAAUGUUACGAAUAGAAUUUGAGCAAAAUUUGGCUGCAAAUGAACAGACUGGUCCAAUAAAUCGCGAAAUGAGACAUCUCAUAACAUCUUUGCAAAAUCAUAAUCAACAAUUGAAAGGUGAAGUACAUCGCUAUAAACGUAAAUACAAGGAAGCAUCAACUGAAGUUCCUAAAUUGAGAAAAGAAAUUGAAGAUUUGAAAGCAAAACUAGGACAACAAGUUACUCAAGAAACCAAAGAAGGUAAUAGUUCCGAUGGCAGCGGAAAAGAAGAAGAUUCGUCAACUUAUUUAUCUGCAACAAUUCAGAUAAAAGAUGAAGGAAUUGCUGUUAUUAAGAGGGAGUUAACUAUUGAUGAAGAAAUAGAUUCUGCUGAAAAAAGUGAAUGUGAGAGUAAAAAUACUUCUGAUACUCACACACUAAUUUUGUCUACUUUAAAAAAAGGUAAAGACAUUAAACGUGAAAAAGAUGUAAAAAAAGAAGUAGGCGUAAAAACUGAACAUAAAGAAAAUACAGUACAUCGAAUAAAAGAUUCGAAAGUCAUUGAGUCGGAAAUCGUUAGAGACUUGAAAGCACAAUUGAAAAAAACUGUAAAUGAAAUGAAAGAAAUGAAACUCUUACUCGAUAUGUAUAAAAGUGUAGGAAAAGAACAACGUGAUAAGGUUCAGUUAAUGGCUGCAGAACGGAAAAUUCGUACAGAAGUUGAAGAAUUAUGUCAACAGCUCAAAAAAAUUCAAGAAAACAAACGCGAAGAACGGACAAAACUGGCUGAUGAAGACGCACAAAUUAAGAUCAAGAAAUUAGAAGAACAAGCGUAUAAUCUACAAAAACAAGUUGCUUCUCAAAAACAGGAAGAAGAAGCGCUAUUGAACGAAAUGGAAGUGGCUGGGCAAGCAUUUGAAGAUAUGCAGGAACAAAAUUCCCGACUUAUCCAACAGUUACGUGAAAAAGAUGAUGAGAAUUUUAAAUUGAUGACUGAAAGAAUUAAAAGUAAUCAAUUGCAUAAAUUAGCAAGAGAAGAAAAAGAUGUCUUAAAAGAACACGUAUUAACUUUGACUACUCAAGUUGAAGCUGCAAAUGUUGUUGUACGCAAAUUAGAAGAAAAAGAACAAUUAUUACAAAAUUCAUUAGCGACAGUUGAGAAAGAAUUAGCUUUGCGACAACAAGCGACGGAAAUGCACAAACGAAAAGCAAUAGAAAGUGCACAAUCGGCUGCAAAUCUCAAACUUCACCUUGAAAAGUAUCAUUCUCAGAUUAAAGAAGCCCAACAAGUGGUUGCUGAAAAAACUAGUUCACUAGAAGCGGAAGCGUAUAAAACGGAAAGACUGCAAGAAGAAAUUGCGCAAUUAAAACGUAAAGUUGAAAGAAUGAAGAAAAUAGAAUUGGCUGAAACAUUGGAUGAAGUUAUGGCUGAAGAAUUGCGAGAGUAUAAAGAAACACUUAUUUGCCCAUCAUGCAAGGUUAAACGCAAAGAUGCAGUACUAACAAAAUGUUUUCACGUUUUCUGUUGGGAUUGUCUACGGACUCGUUACGAAAACCGGCAAAGAAAAUGCCCUAAAUGUAACUGCGCAUUCGGCGCAAAUGAUUAUCAUCGAUUAUAUUUAUCUACGUAAAAAGAGUAUCAUUUUUAUGAUUUAAUUGCUUACAUAGCCUUUUUUGACCAACUAAUUCAUAUAAUAAUGUAACAUGGUGUUAAAAUUCUAAUAAUCUUCAAGUAAUUUCAAUCAUCUUAUAAGAAAUCCAAUUCAAUAAAUUAAUUUUUAGAAA